GGUCCGCCACCCCUCCCCCCACACUGGCACUCACAAGCUUUCUUCGAAGGCAAUAGGCUCACUCUCCGGCGCAAACUUUCCUCCGAUUUCAGCGCUCAAAUCAAAAAACAUAGAAUAUGGCGGCAGAAUCUUCGUCUUCAUCAUCGUCAGAAGUAAAGACGGAGAGGAGAGGAAUUCCGGGAGCUCAAUUCGUUGAAGACGUAGAGACUUAUCUCUCUCAAGCAGGCCUUGAUGUCAACUCUGCCCUUGCUUUUCUCCAAGAAAGGCUUCAGCAGUAUAAGUUGGUUGAGAUGAAACUUCUUGCUCAGCAACGAGAUCUUCAGGCAAAAAUCCCUGAUAUUGAGAAAUGUUUGGAUGUGGUUGCCACUUUACAAGCUAAGAAGGGUACUGGUGAGGCUCUUAUUGCUGAUUUUGAAGUCUCUGAAGGCAUAUAUUCUCGGGCUCGCAUUGAGGAUAAUGAUUCAGUUUGUUUAUGGCUGGGAGCAAAUGUCAUGUUGGAAUAUUCAUGCAAAGAGGCCACUACUCUACUGAAAAAGAAUUUGGAAAAUGCUAAAGCAAGUUUAGAAGUUCUUAUAGCUGAUUUGCAGUUCUUGAGGGAUCAGGUGACAAUAACUCAGGUAACUAUUGCCCGUGUCUAUAAUUGGGAUGUUCAUCAACGAAGAAUUCGUCAAGCUACGGACACAGCUAAAGAUUCAUGAAACUGAAAAUAUCAUUCCUUGAUAUAGAGGUGGAGAGUAUGCUCCUAUUCUCGCAUUUCGUUGGUUUUGGUAAAUGGGUUGUCUGGUGUAUUUCCAGUGAAUCAAAAUUCCAUUUUCAUGGUUGCCCCGUAUCUUCACUUUCCCUUCCUAGGUUCUGGUUCAAUGAAGUGAAAAACUCAUGCUCAUGUUGCUGAGAGCAGUUUUGAUACAUAAUAGUAGUAGAACUCUUGUGCAUCAGAUGCAAUAGCUGUCUUCACUGUGAUUGUUAGUUCGUCAGGAGCGUUUUAUUGUCUGUAACUCCAUGGCAUCCAUCUAUAUUUUUUCAGUUUAAUUUAUGCACUAGUACUUGAAAUUUGUCUGC